AUGGAAGAAAAAAUGGACUCUGUCAUCGUUAUCUCAGACGAUGACGACAGUGACGAAGAGGGUUCAAACGAUGGAGAUGACAGCGAUGAGGAACAAGCUGAAUGUGCGAGAGAUAAGCUCACCCUUGAUUUUGAGCGCGACAUGGAAAUGGCUAUCAGACUGAGCUUAGAGAGCAUGGCUACAUCAUCCAGUUCCUCAUCCAAGUCUAAAAAGCCAUCCAAAAGGGCUUCAAUGCACAACCGGACAUGGUGCAAAAUUCGCCAAGAGAAACAGAACUCUAAACAGUGGUCAGAUAGCAUUGCAGACCUUACGCCUACAAUAGAUGAGGACUCAAACGACCUUCCUGACCUUGACAGUAACGAGGAAUGUAUCUACGUUCAGGUGUUUGAGGAGGAGAUCAAUGAUGACAGUGAUUGUAUGAUUGUGGAUGAUUAUCAAAGUGUGUCAGGGGGUUGUACAACAACCAGUCACUCUAAACCAGACAAAUCUGUAAUUAACGAAAGUCAAAGGUCAGCAUUCACAUAUCUGGAGAACAACAGCAAAGUGAGAGAUUUGGGCAAAACAGAAGGAUCAUUGACUGAUAAAGUGCUAGAUUCACAAAAACAAAGUUCUAAGAUAAGUGAAAGCAGCAAGGAAAGUGACAAUGGAAACAAAGGAAACAUUGGCAGGAAAUUACCCAUUCUGUCAUCAGAAGGCCGUGCCAAGUUAGCAAACAUCUUAAGGACGGUUAAUAAUAAGGGCCUUCAUAAGUCAAAAAGUUUGGAAGAGUCCAACAAAGGGCACAAUUCUUCAGAAAAGUCUACUCACAGUGAGGAGAAGUGGCCCUUCACCAUAGAAAGACAUUUCUCAGAUAUCUUAAGUGGGGGCUGUCCCCAGGAGAACAAGUCAACAGAGAACUCGACAGACAAGGUCCUUAGUGCUGGCAUGCUCUCCCCUCCUGCCGUUCCUGCUGGCUCAUUCCGACCUGUCUCCUCCAGACACAAAUGCUCACCUGUCCUAGAGCGACAGAUGAGCACACCAAGUGCAUUCACUGAUACCAUACCGACAAAGUCACCAGGAUUGUCUCCUACUCCGUCAAAACGUCUCAGGUUAGGCAGGUGCAUUAGUGCUACCAGUGAUAACAUCAUGAAAAACAAUUAUGAAAUUGUUAACAUGAAAUUAGGUAAAUCUAUAUCCUUAGAUUCGAAUAUACAUGUACCUAAACGCCGAAUUGUAAGGAAAUCAGAUGAGGUAGUGUUAGAGUCUGGGAAACCUAAACCAUCAGAUGUGCGAAACUUUUUCAAGCCAAUUCCAUCAUCUUCAACUUAUAUUGAUAUGCCAUCAAGAACACUAAAAGAUUGGCAAAACAUAAAGCCGUUUAAUAUGGAGUUCCCUGCAAAAGAAGGACUUGAAGAUUCUCUAUCCUUAAAGUUAUCCAAGAUGCAUAUUGACACAAUAGGUGUUUGUUUUGAGGAGGAAGGCCCUUACUGUCUUCGUCAUGCUAUUAAAUUUAUCUAUGAUUUUUCUCUUAAGUAUGCUCCCACCAGUGAUAUUAUAAAACAAUUGUUGUUCAAAGGAAUUUUAGAGAACAGUCAAGUAGAUUUAAUGUAUAGCUCUUACCGAACCCUGAAAUUGAUUCAACAGAGGUACCCAGGGACAAUCCAGAUAGACUGGGAAACGCUCAAACUUGUGAUGGACAAUAUUAACCUUGGACUUGGUUUCGUACAACAGGAUGUGGUCAUCCUCCUUAGAAUUAGUCUGUUUCUCCAGCUAACAGUCACAUGUUAUGAGGAUGACCUUUAUUACCACGAUGUUGUUGACCCCAAAGGUCUGCGUCAGUCCAUGGCAUUCAAAUGCCUGACAUCUGAUAGUAUGUCGUACACAGGGUGUGUGAAACAACUUACCAACUGGGUCGUCUGUUCUCUCACUUACGGAGAGUUUCAGGAAGUGCAGGAAAUUUCUUCACCUUUCUUUCGUGAAAGAAAUCCAGGCGUUAAUCAAUCUAGUCAAACGGAAAAUGUAAUACUACGACAAGAAGUUCGUAAGCUGCUGCCAUUGCUGCAGCGACUUCUGAAGAUUGCGAUAGACAUAAACCUGAGUUGUUCUGAUUGUGCCAGGACUUGUGCUUCUGAGUUAAUCAAGAGCUUUGUAUACCUAAGUCUAGGAUAUAAAAAAUUGUUGCUUCAGACAAUGCAGUCAAGUCUGUUACAAUUUAAACUGGUAAUACUGAUGUUAGAAAACAAUUGUGAAUGUGACACUUUCUCUUACUAUGAGUUCCCAUCAGGAGUCCGUGAUGUGAUGGAAAAUUUGUUCCAGGCCCAGCCCCCAAGGCUGAUGAACACACCUCCCACAACACCCCAGUCUGAAGAGGAAGAGGAAGCUGGGGCGGGUAGAUUAAUACCAAAGGUGUCCUCUGUAGCAGUGGAAGAGCUUGCCAUGCUUCAGUAUUAUGCUCUACUGAGUUAUUUACAAUGUUUGAAAGCUAAGAGCCAUGUUCCACUUCGGGUCAGGGUCAAAUUACCAGAGAAAGAAUUUGGUAGCCUGUCUCCAGAGAAUGUGAAGGAGUUAGAAAAGUUACCUACCCAUAUAGAGGAGCUACGAGGUCACUAUCUUCAGCUGGCUGUUGACCUCACCCAAGACACCGAGAAAUACUUAAUGAUGAUGCUUUGUUUGAAGGACACUACAUCCAAAUUCUGAUCAUGAACAUUUGUAGUUACUAAAAAUGGAUAUCUCUUUAAGACAUGGCCAGUGAGUACUUCAGACAUGGCCACACACUCACUGGUGAGUAUUACAGAC